GUAAACAUCCCUUCCCCGUUGCACGACUCUCUCAUUGGUGGCUGUUCAAUUACACGCUCACUCUGCAUCAGAAUUAACAGGAGAACCCAGCGAGGGCUUUCGUAGCUUAACUGAUUUUUUUCGCCCCCUGUGUUUACAUACAUUUUCUGUAUUUAUUUAUUAAUUAACUUAUUCCGCCGUUUUGUAUUCGUCGCGAUCAUCCAGAUCAUUUUUUUAAAGUGGUUGUAAUUGAUUUGAAAUGGAAGAAAGAUGUCGUCCAAUGUUGCUGUGCAGUGUUCUUGCUCUGGUGUGUGCGCUCGUGUCUUCAGCCGUGGACAGGCAGUAUCUCAACGAAUGGGCGGUGGAGAUUCCUGGAGGUGUCCAAAAUGCACGAUCCAUCGCCGACGAGUUCGGAUACCAAUUAGUCCGACAGAUUGGUGCGCUGGAAAACCAUUAUUUAUUCAAGCGGCACAGUCACCCUAGCAGGACCAAACGGAGUGCAGAUCAUAUCACCAAACGUCUGUCGGAAGAUGACAGGGUGUCUUGGGCCGAACAGCAGUAUGAGAAACGGAGGGCCAAACGGGCGCCGCUGGGGGUCGAAUGUAAGGACUGUUCAGUGGACAAACUCUUCGAUGACCCCAUGUGGAACCAGCAGUGGUAUCUGCAAGACACCCGGACAUCAUCAUCCCUUCCCAAACUAGACCUGCAUGUGAUCCCCGUCUGGAAGAAGGGCAUCACGGGAAAAGGAGUGGUCAUUACUGUACUGGAUGACGGUCUGGAGUGGAACCACACCGACAUUUAUCCAAACUACGAUCCUGCUGCUAGCUAUGACUUUAACGACAACGAUCCGGAUCCCUUCCCCAGAUACGACUCCACCAAUGAAAACAAGCAUGGUACCAGAUGUGCUGGAGAGAUUGCCAUGCAAGCAGACAACAACAAAUGUGGCGUUGGAGUGGCCUACAACUCGAAAGUGGGAGGGAUACGAAUGCUGGAUGGAAUCGUGACUGAUGCCAUUGAAGCCAGUUCCAUUGGUUAUAACCCUGACCAUGUGGACAUCUACAGUGCUAGCUGGGGUCCUAAUGAUGAUGGGAAGACUGUGGAGGGGCCUGGACGCCUUGCCCAGAAAGCUUUUGAGUACGGUAUUCAGAAGGGGCGUGGUGGUAAAGGCUCCAUUUUUGUGUGGGCGUCUGGUAACGGGGGUCGACAGGGCGAUAACUGUGACUGUGAUGGAUACACAGACAGUCUGUACACCAUCUCCAUCAGCAGCGCAUCCCAGCAGGGUUUGUCCCCGUGGUACGCUGAGAAAUGCUCCUCCACGCUGGCCACGGCCUACAGCAGCGGAGACUACACCGACCAGAGAAUAACUAGUGCUGAUUUGCACAAUGAAUGCACAGAGACACACACUGGCACAUCUGCAUCUGCCCCACUGGCUGCUGGGAUAUUUGCACUGGCUUUGGAGCAAAAUCCCGAUCUGACAUGGCGGGACCUUCAGCACUUGGUGGUUUGGACGUCUGAGUUUGACCCUCUCGCCAAUAACCCCGGCUGGAAAAGGAACGGAGCUGGACUGAUGGUCAACAGUCGUUUUGGGUUUGGUCUCCUGAAUGCCAAAGCCCUGGUGGACCUGGCCGAUCCUAAAGUCUGGAAACACGUUCCCGAGAAGAAACAGUGCAUCGUCAGAGAUGAGACGUUUCAACCAAGACCAUUGAAGGCUGCGGGCGAGAUCUCCAUUGAGAUCCCUACUAAAGCCUGUGCAGGACAGGCAAAUUCUGUCAUGUCCUUGGAGCAUGUGCAGGUGGAGGUGAGCAUUGAGUAUACAAGAAGAGGAGACCUCCACAUCACACUCACAUCUCCAUCAGGUACCACUACAGUCCUACUGGCGGAGAGAGAGAGGGACACUUCAUCUAAUGGUUUCCGAAACUGGGCCUUCAUGUCUGUGCACACAUGGGGAGAGAAUCCCACUGGCACUUGGAUCCUGAAGAUUACUGAUACGUCAGGACGGAUGGAGAAUGAGGGUCAGAUCAUCAGCUGGAAGUUAAUUUUGCACGGGACGUCUGAGAAGCCUGAACACAUGAAGAAGGCGAGAGUAUACACACCGUACAACGCCGUACAAAAUGAUCGCAGAGGAGUGGAGCCGAUGGAAGACAUGAUGAAGGAAGCUCCAACUCCAGCUCUCAAACCUGAGAUUCCAAAUCAAGCGAUCCCAGACUCUCCGCCUUCCACUGCCUCCAUGAGCAUCCCAGAAGUAAACUCCGGCCCGUCCACUGCCAACCUGGCCCUGCUGCGUCUCCUUCAGUCAGCCUUCAACAGGCAGAUGCCGGCGGCUCCCCCGAAGAGCUUCCAGCAGGAGCGCAUCCCGCCACAGAAGCUGUAUCAGGCCCUAGACCUGCUGAACCGCUACAGGGCCUCCCAAAACGGCCUGUUCAAUGACUACAGCGACAACUUCUACAGAGCCCAGCCGUACAGACACAGAGACGACCGGCUGCUGCAGGCUCUGUUCGACAUGCUCCGGGACGACCAGCAGUGAGACUUGUGCAAGUGGAGAAAGACAGGAAGAGUAGGUAAAAGAAGCUCCGCGUCCUGCUGAAAACACCAGUGCUGGUUUACUAUUGCUGAAAGAUUUUUACAAUUCGAAUGAAAAUACAAUGUAAUUUUUAUAUAAUUGGUGAAAUAUAUAACAUAAUUAUAACAAUAAUGACACUGUGGAGCAAUGUCACUGAAAUUAGUUUCAGAAUAAUUUAUUUUGCAGCUGAUGGACAAUAUAUUGACAGCCUCAUGCUGCUUUAAAUAGCCCAAAACAUUUCAGAGCCGCAGUUUGUGGUUAUAUUAUACCCAACAUUUAGUAAACUGUUAUUUUGUGCAAACAGUCAUUUAUUUAGUCAUUUGGAUUUUACAGUAUUCAUACCUACGCAUCCUUUAAUCAAGAUACUUGAGAAGCAAGAUAAUGUAGCUUAUGUUUUAUGUUUGAUUUUACAAUGAUAUUAUAAUUCUAUGGGCGGCAUGGUGCCUCAGUGGUUAGCUCUGUCGCCUCACAGCAGGAACGACUCUUAUUCGAGCCCCAGCUGGGUCAGUUGGCAUUUCUGUGUGGAGUUUGCAUGUUCUCUCCGUGUUCGUGUGGGUUUCCUCCGGUUUCCCUCACAGUGCAAAAACAUGCACUAUAGGUAAAUUGAAUAAGCUAAAUUGGCCGUGUGUGUUUCCCAUGGGUGGCAGCUGGAAGGGAAUCCGC